AUGGAGUCGGUAUUAAAAGUGGAUGGCUCAUUUCCAACUCCUCCUCCAUGUCUGUCAUCAGAAGAAAGCAGGAUAUGGCAUGACAUUUGGACCCCUCAAAUUCACUCGUACAGCCCUCCACUGCCACCAUAUUCCUUCUCUUCACCUUUACCAGUAUCUGCUGACCCUUCAGACAGUUCCAGACCAAGAUUUGUGAGCUAUGAAACCAACCUCUUUCGCUCUCCAGCUCUGAUAACAUGUGGCUUCUGUCACACUCAGGUCACCACCCAGGUUACCUUCAAAGUCGGAACUUAUGCUUGGCUCAUGUGCCUUGUUUUUGUGUUUUGCGGGUUGCUCUUUGGCUGCUGUCUGAUUCCAUUUUUUAUAAACCACUUCAAAGAUGCCCACCACACUUGUCCUCGCUGUCAGCAGGUUCUUCAUGUGCAAAAGAAGGGAUGCUGCGAAUGAACAUAUGGGCCAUACAUGCACUGGGGUGGUAAAAUGUCUGUUUCUUUAAACCAACGUGUACGUUGGCAUGCGCGGUGAUGUCAUUUCUGUUCUUGUGAAGUUGUAUUUAUUAAAACACUUUUAAUCAUAUUUUGAAAAAACUUCUUCAAUAAAUGUUUCCAAAGACAUUUCUAUGAAUACGAAGACAUACAAAUGCACAAAAAUUGGGAAAACAACCGCAUUCUUUUAUUCGCAAUUCCUCUCCACUGAAGAAGAUUAAAUGUGCCAGAAGAUUAAUGCUCAACUAACUUGACAAAAAAUCUGUAAGGAAGAAUGUGUACUAAAACAAAAAAUGUUGGUUGCCACUCAUUUUGGUAAGCUAACACCCUCAGGAUUAAAGCCUGCAUGUGCUCUCGCACUGCAUGUAGUAAACGUGCCUUUGUUGAUCAGUCUGGAGGAUUACAGGUGUAGGUUUAUUUUAGAUCUUUGAGCCGCAGAGUAAUGAGCAUUUUGAGGCAUGCCACACCACACCCCUCCUUGCUGAUCAGGUAUAAGACAUCAGAUCCUCUGCUGUCCAUGGCAGAUGAGCACUGGUGGAUCCCGGCAGCAAUGUUCUAGCUCCCUAAUGACCCCUGCAUGGCUGAGGAUGCAUUGGAGUAUCCCGCUUCCUGUACUGAAUCCGAUUCCUCCUUGGCAACCUUUUCUUCUUUCUUCCAGCCCUUCAACUGCAAAACCGAGCUCCUCUCCUACUUGCUACUGUGUGUUGCCAAAAUGCCGUUCAUACCACCUGUAACGAUUGCUCGCUCCAUGUCCGGAUUGACUGGGAGGGAGAGAAGUCUCAACAGCAAUUCACCCACAAGUGAUGUGGGCAAAACUAAAGUUCCAAGAGAAGACAAAGUCAGCUCUGUCAAGGAGCGACUGACUUUAAACCUGAAGCAACUGGGGAGAAAGAGUCAUCUUCCUGCAGCCAAAGGAGCGCCAGCUCGAGAGCUGCAUGGAAAGAAAAGAGAUCGCUUGUUGCCCUCGCCUCAAACAGACAGCUCCCCCAGCUCCAGCUCAGGAGAGUCUUCGUCUAAGACACAGCCGCAUAAACACUCCAGCCACAGCUCUGUGAAGAGUGAGCCAGUGGUGAAGAAGAGGGACAAAGAGGAGGUUCGUUUCACACUGACGCUAACGCCAGAGGCCGUUCUCCUGCUGCAACGGAGGAACAGUGAGCGACAUCAACGCCUGGCUGCCAGGAAUGCUGGAGGCGGAGCUGGUGGUUCUGCAAACGCCACCGAUUCAAGACGCAGGAGGGAAAGUGUCUCUAAAAGGCACCAGGCAUCAAACCAAAGAAACCGCUCCUUAAACAGCAGAGCCUCUGCUAAAAACAAUGCUGAUGCUGAUCUGGGAGACAUUAGCUCCAUAGUGAAAAUCUCACUUCUGAAUGAGAAACACAAGUAUGAUGAUGUGGAGUACGAGGAUGAGGAGGACUCUGGUGUGGAUGAACGUGUGGUGCUGAAGUGCACAGAGUGGCUCCGGGGGCUGGAGAACGCU